AUGUGAACUGAACGUUACGAAGCGAAGAUGAUAAGUCCAGUUCAAUGAUUGAUUUGAAUACACUAUUGAACUCUUGGAACCUUGAUUGUGAAAUAUAAUUCGAAUUGAGAAAUGGAGACUAAACCUCCUCCCUAUGAGGGCCACGAAUACAGUAAUCCCGGAUAUGGUAAUCCACCAUAUAAUUCAGCACCUCAACAGCCUCCAUUUAAUCCAAUGUAUCAUAAUCCGCCUCCUAAUCCAACGAUUAUAAUGGCACCUCCUGCUCCUCAAACCACUACCAAUGUUAUCGUAACAGGAGGAGGUGGGGCUUUAGGAGGGUGUCCAAUUUGUCACAAUAACAGCUGGACUGGAGAUUACUCGUGCUGCGCUUGGUGUCUGGCUAUUUGUUUCUUCCCCAUUGGAAUCCUCUGUUGCCUUUGCAUGAGAAGCAAGAAAUGUUCUAAGUGUGGAUAUACCAUUGGCUGAAUAUUGAAGAUUUUAUUUUCAAUUUUGACCUCAACUAGUAAAUAAGUCAACGAUUAUAACAGUCCUAUAAAAUAGCCUAGUACAUAAGAUAAAUAUUAAAAAAUGGUUUUGGAGGACUUUAACUAGUAUUUACUUCACAAAUAUAAUAUUCAAAUACAGUUUACUUCAUAAACUUCAUACAUUGAAUCGGAAACAGUUUUGGAAAUACACUUCUUACUUCUAUAGCUA